AUGGAACCUGCACCAAGUUCAUUUUACGGCGUUAACGAACUCGAACUCAUUGAUGAUCUGAAUAAGAUAUCGUUGUCGUCUGACACUAGUCCAAGCGAUGCAUCAGUCUAUAAGGACCAUGAUUCAGAUUCUUCGCAGCCUCGAGACUCGUCUCCUGCAAUAAAAAUACCGAGCAAACUAUGGUCUGCACAAUCGACUUCCAACCGAGAUAUGGUUGGACGUUUUUCACACUCGAAAGCAAGAAGUAACGUCCCGAGUAUCCGCUCUCGAGCACUAAAGAAAGUAUGGUCCUCAAUCAACAAAGCUUACCCUUCAAAUAAUCCAUCUUCAUCUAUUCAGAUGAUUCGCGAUUGA